AAUCGACUGGAGAGAUAGGGAGAUUAAACAGUGUUUAAUUAUUGCUUUUUGUGUUUUUUUUUUUUUGCUAAAUGCUUUUUGUGUUAUUCUCUUCGUGCUUUGAAUAACAAAGCAAAAGUGUUGGUGUUUCAGAUUUUUAACAUCUCUAAGUAGGAGUCUUCAAUUUCACCGAUGGAGACGAAAGAGUUGUUGGAUGAGAAUCUGAGCUUGAAACAGGAGAUCAAACGGUUGUCGGAUGAGAAUCUGAGCUUGAAACAGUUGUUUGAUGAGAAACAAAGCUCCUCGAAACAGGAGAUCAAACAACAGUCCUCGUCGGAUGAUGAUGAGAGAGAGACUGAAUCACCAUCAUCAUCAUCAUCAUCAGAGCAGCAAACCGUGACACCCUGGUCUGUCCGCGGCAAAAUCAUCGAUCACGAGAAGGUGAUCAAACAGUUUGGCUGCAAGAAGAUAGACGAGCCGCUCAUCGAUCGUGUCGAAAGACUCACUUGCCGUCGAGCUCACGUCUUCCUCCGCCGUGGUGUCUUCUUCGCCCACAGGGAUCUUGAUAAAAUCUUGGACCGUUACGAGAGAGGAGACAAGUUCUACCUUUACACUGGGAGAGGACCUUCGUCAGAAUCUUUGCAUUUAGGGCAUUUGAUUCCUUUCUUGUUUACCAAGUACUUGCAGGAGGCUUUCAAGGUCCCCCUCGUUAUACAGAUUACGGACGAUGAAGAAAAAAUCUGGAAGAAGUUAAACAAGGAGGAGAGUAAAAGACUCGGCAGAGAGAACGUGAAAGAUAUCAUUGCUUGCGGUUUCGAUGCCUCGAAUACCUUUGUUUUCUCCAGCUACGCCACUGUUGGCGGUGCGUUGUAUGAGAAUCUGGUGGAGAUUGCGGAUUGCAUCACGGUUAACAAGGCUAACUCCACUUUCGGCUUUACCGGCGAAGUUUCUACCGCGAAAAUGAUCUUCCCUUCUGUUCAGGCAGCUCCAUCUUUUUCUAGCUCGUUCCCACACUUGUUCCCUGCCAAAAAAAAUAUCCCUUGCUUGAUUCCCUGUGCAAUUGACCAGGAUCCCUACUUCAGGCUGACUCGUGAUGUUGCAGCUCGGUUAGAGUUUAUAAAGCCUGCUCUGAUUGAGUCAAAGUUUCUUCCUGCGUUGCGGGGAAAUAAUGGGAAAAUGUCAGCAAGUGAUCCAAAUUCCGCUAUUUAUAUGAAUGAUAGCAAUGCCCACAUUGAAAAAAAUAUAAAGAGUUCUGUUAGUGGUGGGCGAGAUAACAAGGAAGAUCAAAAAAAAUAUGGAGCAAAUCUGAAGGAAGACAUACCGUUUCAGUAUUUGAGUUUCUUCCUCGAAGAUGAUGCCGAACUUGAACACAUAAAGAAGGAGUAUGGAGAAGGACGAAUGUUAACCGGAACAGUAAAGAAUCGUCUCACCCAAGUUGUGAUAGAAAUUGUUGAGAGACACCGCAGGGCUCGAGCUGCUGUUACUGAAGAGAUGGUCGAUGCGUUCAUGGCUGUGAGACCUCUCCCAUACAUGUUUGAGUAAAUUCUAAGCCUCUGUAGUAGUCUCCUGAGCACAGUUGCGCCUUUGUCACAGUUGCCUAUCCUGUGACACCAUUGUCCCCCUGGAGUGUUGUUGUUAUUAGAAACCUGUUUGUUCUUUUUUAUGACUUUUCCCAUCUAAAUUUUAUAACUGAUAUUUUUAUUUAUAUGCAUUGUAAUAAUCAUAAAAAUUAUAAGCUCUUACAA